UUCAGUUGCUGAGAAGACGUUAAACUGAACACAACUAACGAGCGGUAGAAAGAAAGAAUCAAAUUUGAAAGAAACAAAGAAACGCGUCGCGUGAGUUUCUUUGUAAGAAAACACACAAAAAAUCAAUAGAAAUUAAUUAAUUAGAAUUAAUACAACAGCGUUAAUGUGUUAAACUAAUUUCAAUAAAACGAAACAUAUAAAUAAAAUAAUACAAAGAAGAAGAAAAAAUUAUGUCAACUGUGACACAAUGGCGGUACAUUUUAGCAUUGCUAAUCGUGAGCUCGUGCCGUUUAGUGGAAUCGAAAGUAUUCGAACGUUGCGAAUUGGCAAAAGUGUUGAGACAACGGCAUCGUCUUGAUUUAACGGAAGUGGCACAAUGGGUGUGUAUAGCUCAACAUUCGAGUGGUUUUAAUACAGCAGCUCAGGCCUCCAGUCCCUCGGGUGGUUCUCAUGGCCUUUUUCAAAUCAGUGAUGUAUAUUGGUGUUCUCCUCCCGGCAAAGGAGCGGGUUGUAAUUUACCGUGCCAUAAAUUAAGGGAUGAUAAUUUAAGUGAUGAUCUUACCUGCGUUAAACGUAUUUACGAAGAACAUCAACGUAUAUCGGGUGAUGGUUAUACGGCUUGGAUUGCUUAUCAGCAGUAUUGUAAAAAUAAUGCUGAAUCCUAUAUACAAGAUUGUUUCCCCGGAGAGCGUACUCAGUCAACAUAUCUAACUUCAGCUAAAGGUUAUAACUCCUAUAAUACACAAUUUUCGGGCAAUGCCAUACAGGAUUAUUCGGCUAAGAAGAGUGGUAAGGUUUAUGGACGCUGUGAAUUGGCCCAGGAACUAUAUCAAAAACACAAAAUGCCCAUGCAACAAAUACCCACUUGGGUGUGUAUAGCAGAGCAUGAAUCCCGUUUUAAUACAGCAGCCGUAGGACGUUUAAAUGCUGAUGGUUCUGCCGAUCAUGGCCUUUUCCAGAUCAGUGAUCUUUACUGGUGUUCUAAUGAUCGUGGUGGCAAGGGUUGCGGUUUGUCUUGUAGUAAACUUUUGGAUAAUGAUAUUACCGAUGAUGUACGUUGCAUCAAAAGAAUACACAAUGAACAUACAGCCAUAUCGGGAGAUGGCUUCAAUGCCUGGGCUGUUUACAGGCCCUAUUGCCAGAAUCAACGUUACGAGCAAAUAGCCAAGUGCUUUAAGAAUCCACCACAAAUAACACAUCCUAAAGUACAAACCACAACAGCAGUAGGUUUAGCUACUAAUCAAGUGCAUAGCUCUACAAAAUAUACCUUCAAUAAUAAUAAUCCUUUCCUGAAAAAUGUCAUACAACAAAAACCAUCCAAAACACAUUACGCUACAUCGACAUACAACGAUAUAUACAAAGCUCCUCCUACAUCAUCUUCAUCAGCGCAUAGGGGAGUUUCUCAUAAGGGUAAAAUUUACACACGUUGCUCAUUAGCACAAGAACUCUUUUCUAAACACAACUUUCCACUGCAGGAUAUAGCUACGUGGGUGUGCAUCGCCGAACACGAAUCUCAAUUUAAUACUGCAGCCAUAGGACGCUUAAACACAGAUGGCAGUGCUGAUCAUGGACUUUUCCAGAUAAGUGAUAAAUAUUGGUGUGAACACAGUGCUUAUGGAGGCAAAGCUUGUAAUUUGCCUUGUGACAAAUUACUGGACGAUGAUCUAAGGGAUGAUGUGGCGUGUAUAAAAACCAUACAUGAGGAACAUACCAGACUAUCGGGGGAUGGUUUCAAUGCUUGGACAGUGUAUAGGCCUCACUGUUUAAAUCAAAAUGUGGAACACAUUAAAACAUGUUUUGAUGCCAAGACUCUGGCCGAAGUUGAAGUCAUGGCAUCCGCUCCUAGUUAUAAUACACCGGUGUCUAAAGGUAAAGGUAAAAUUUAUUCUAAAUGUGAAUUGGCUCAGGAAUUAUAUCAUAAACAUCAAAUGCCCAUGGAACAAAUACCCAAAUGGGUUUGUAUCGCUCAACAUGAAUCGUCUUACAACACAGCGGCUGUUGGUCGUCUCAACACAGAUGGUUCUGCCGAUCAUGGCCUCUUUCAAAUAAGUGAUCUUUAUUGGUGUUCACAUGAUCAAUAUGGUGGUAAAGCUUGCAAUAUACCCUGUCAUAAACUCUUAGAUUCUGAUAUUACAGAUGAUGUUAGAUGUAUUAAGAUAAUACAUGAGGAGCAUACGAGAAUAUCGGGAGAUGGUUUUAACGCUUGGACGGUAUAUCAACCACACUGUCGUAAUAUAGGUAUGGAUCAUAUAAAACAAUGUUUUACGGAACAGGAACUGAAAAAGGUUUCCAGCAAAGUGCCUUCAUAUAAUACAAAUUCUUUAGUGCCUCAAAGUUCUGGGGGAUCAAAGCCGGCAGCAAAAGGUAAAAUUUACAAGAAGUGUGAAUUGGCUCAGGAAUUAUAUCAUAAGCAUCGCAUGCCCAUGGAUCAAAUUCCCAAAUGGGUGUGUAUAGCUCAACAUGAGUCGUCUUACAAUACUGCUGCUGUAGGUCGUCUUAAUACGGAUGGCUCGGCUGAUCAUGGUCUCUUCCAAAUAAGUGAUAUUUAUUGGUGUUCCCAUGAUCAAUAUGGGGGUAAGGCUUGUAAUAUACCCUGUGAUAAACUGUUGGACUCCGAUAUAACUGACGAUGUUAGAUGUAUUAAAAUUAUACAUGAGGAGCAUACUAGAAUCUCUGGGGAUGGUUUUAAUGCCUGGACUGUGUAUAAACCUCAUUGUCGUAAUAUCGCUAUAAGUCAUGUAAAGGAAUGUUUUACAGAUAAAGAACUAAAUAGUGUACAGACAUCAGUAACCACCAAUGCCUUAAUUCCUCAAAGUUCGUUUGGUUCAAAACCUGCUCCAAAAGGUAAAAUUUAUAAGAAAUGUGAGUUGGCUCAGGAAUUGUACCACAAACAUCGCAUGCCCAUGGAUCAAAUACCCAAAUGGGUGUGUAUAGCUCAAUAUGAGUCGUCUUACAAUACUGCUGCAGUUGGUCGUCUAAAUACCGAUGGUUCAGCUGAUCAUGGUCUCUUCCAAAUAAGCGAUCUUUAUUGGUGUUCUCAUGAUCAAUAUGGAGGUAAAGCUUGUAAUAUACCAUGUGAUAAACUGUUGGACUCCGAUAUAACUGACGAUGUUAGAUGUAUUAAGAUUAUACAUGAGGAGCAUACCAGGAUCUCUGGGGAUGGUUUUAAUGCCUGGACUGUAUAUAAACCUCAUUGUCGUAAUAUUGCUAUAAGUCACGUUAAGGAAUGUUUUACAGAUAAAGAACUUAGUAGUGUACAGACAACAGUAACCACCAAUGCCUUAAUUCCUCAAAGUUCGUUUAGCUCAAAACCUAUUCCUAAAGGUAAAAUUUAUAAGAAAUGUGAGCUGGCUCAGGAAUUGUAUCACAAACAUCGUAUGCCCAUGGAACAAAUACCCAAAUGGGUGUGUAUAGCUCAACAUGAGUCCUCAUAUAACACAGCUGCUGUUGGUCGUCUAAAUACCGAUGGUUCGGCAGAUCAUGGUCUCUUCCAAAUAAGUGAUCUAUAUUGGUGUACUCACGAUCAGUAUGGAGGUAAAGCUUGUAAUAUACCCUGUGAUAAACUACUCGACUCUGACAUAACAGAUGAUGUUCGCUGUAUUAAGAUUAUACAUGAGGAACAUACUAGAAUAUCAGGUGAUGGUUUCAACGCCUGGACUGUGUAUAAGCCACAUUGUCGUAACACGGGUAUGAGUCACAUCAAAGACUGUUUUACCGAAAAAGAACUCAAAGAAGCCAAUAUACCUAGUACCAACUCCAUAGAUACCCCAUAUACACCGGCAACAAAGAACGUGGGAAAAGGUAAAAUUUAUAAGAAAUGUGAAUUGGCGCAAGAGCUUUUAAGUAAACACAAAAUGCCCAUGGAACAAAUACCCACUUGGGUUUGUAUAGCUCAACAUGAGUCCUCAUUUAAUACGGCCGCUGUUGGUCGCCUUAAUGCAGAUGGCUCCCUGGAUCAUGGUCUCUUUCAAAUUAGCGAUCUCUAUUGGUGUUCGCAUGAUCAAUAUGGCGGUAAAGCGUGUAAUAUACCCUGCGAUAAACUAUUAGAUUCGGAUAUAACAGAUGAUGUAAAAUGUAUUAAAAUUAUACAUGAAGAACAUACCCGAAUCUCAGGAGAUGGUUUUAAUGCUUGGACAGUGUAUAAACCACAUUGUCGCAAUCGUAAAAUGGAAGAGAUUCGUUCAUGCUUUACACCCAAUCAAAUAGAGGAGUUCGACAAGAAACCGACAUUUACUAACAAACCUAAUAAAAUUCAGUCAUCACCAGCAGCAACAUCAUAUAGUCAUAAUCCAUUUUUGAGUGGAGCUGUUAAAACUCAAGCAUUGCCAACUACUCGAAAACCGGCAAGCAACCAAAAUUUCCAAUUCCCUGAUAAUAAUGUGCCAAACUAUGCUAGUAAUCCAUUUUUACAAAACAUUAAAGUAUCCAGCGGAAGUGAAGUACAUAAAGCGGUAAUUGCUUCUAGUUUCACUAACCAACAAUUGGAGGUAACAGCAAAACCUAAUUAUAAGGAUAAUCCUUUCCUCAGCGGAGCCUUUAGUAGCUCAAGCAGCAAUAAUUUUAUAACGAAACCUGUUGAAUUAAUAAAUGAAUUGGAUUCUUUCAAAACUAAUCCCUUCCUUAGCGGUAGCCUUAAAUUGUCUACCACAGCCAAACCUACACAGUCCUCUGUGCAUAAUAAUCCAUUUUUACAGACAACACCGGCCUAUAAAACUGAGAUUACCAAAAACUAUUUAAAUAGCAAUGACUUUAGAACUACCACCACUGUUAAGCCCAAAACUACAGCUCCAGAACCCUCUACCACAACCAAGAAACCGACCACAUCAUGGAAUAGUUACAGUACAAUAAAAACUACAACAACUAGAAAACCUGUAACAACAACUACAAGAAAAACCACAACUACUAAGAAACCAACAACUUCAUGGUUUAGUUAUAGCACUACAAAACCGACUACAACAACUACACGAAAAACUACAACUAACAAAACCACUGCCCCAAGAACUACAACUACCACUAGAAGACCGACGACUAUAACAACCGCUAAAAAACCUAUCACCACAUCAUGGACUACAAAAUCACCUAAAACUGCAACUACUUGGAGUUGGCAAAACCAGAAAUCUACCACUAAAGUACCGAAAACUUCAACAACCUGGAGUUGGCAGAAUCAGAAGUUCGUAAGCUCCACCACUGCUAAACCAGCUAGAACUACCACCACUUGGAGUUGGCAAAAUCAAAAAUAUACCAAUAAUAAUAAUACAUUAAGUCAAGCCACCACAAAUUGGAAUAUAGUUCAAAAGCAAACUACCAGAACUACAACUGUUAAACCCGAUAGAACCACUUGGAAUUGGAGGAAUGAACAGAAAUCCACAACUCUUAAACCUAAAACCACCACAGAAAACUGGCGAAAAUGGGAUAAAACCACAAAUAAAAGUACCACCAAAAAACCCACUGCCGUUACCACAACCACAAGAAAAACUACAACGAAAGCCACCACUACAAAACCAACCACAGCCAGAACUACAAAAACUACCACCACAAAACCAACCACAGCCAGAACAACAAAACCAAUACGUUUAGAAAACUACAAAACUUCGACCAUAAAACCACAAACAACACGGCCAUACUACACUACAAACAACCUCAAAACCACAACUCUUAGACCACGAUCCACUACCACCACAACAACAACUACACGAAAACCUUUAACAACAAAAUCUCAAGAUAAUACCGAUUACAACAAAUACAAAAAUGAUCCAUUUAGUCAUCCAUUCUUUGCUAAAGUUAAUGAACAAUUUAAACAACUACAAGGCAGCAUAACAACUACAAAACGUCCUACAUUUUCAGCUACAAAACUACAAAAUUUUUCGCAAUCCUCACUCUAUCAGGAUUUUAAAAAUAGCACUUUAAAUAAAACUAAAACUAUUGUAGCUUAUAAUUUUGAAGGACCCAAACUAACCACAACCACAAAACGACCCAGAUUCUAAGCUACAUAUUGUGUAGUGUUAAUAUAUUGUGAUUUUGUUUGUUAAAAUUGUUUUCUUUGUUUUAUUUUUCUGUUGAAAAAAAUUGUUGUUGAAUUUAUUUACUUUUUUUUGUAAUUUUGUUUUCUAAAAUUUUAUUUUUUUGGUUUAUGAAAAGUACUGCCAUUAUGUGAUUAUUUUCUAAUUUUCUAGUUAUUAAGUUUAGUUUUCUUUAGCCUAGACAAAUUUAUAAGCCGAUUUUAAUAGAAAAUAAAUUAAAUAUUUAAUU